AUGGCCCCUCCAAAUUCUGAUCAAGUAGAAAUUAUCAAGAAACCAAAUUGGCGUAUUGUCGAGCGAAAGAAUUUUUCGGGUGUCUCAGUUGUCGGUGAAGACAUGGGAAACGAAGCACUUUCAGAUGAAGAAGCUCUUUUCGUGGUCGGUGAUCAUUUAACUAAGAAGGCCGAAACGUGGUUUAAUGUUGUUGGCGUUAAGGCUACUUCUUGGUCCCAAGUACGUCCUAAUCGUGGACGUCCUUUCGGUACAACCAAUGCAACUCUUAUUAGAAAUCACAGUGCGAACCAGUCUAGAAUGACGGCCUUUUUGACUAACCAAAGUAAUACUACUGCUUCCACAGACAACAUUACCUCUGUGUCAAACACGAAUCCCGAAGAUCUUAUUGAAACAAACGUUAUUCCUGAGAAUACAACGGCUACAGAUAAAGAAAUAAUUCCAUCAUUUUUAUCUUCUAGGAAUAAUAAUACCGGCCGCCAAAACACAACUUCAACCGAGUUAAGCGAAAGCGACAAUGUAGAAAUAAGAGAGAUAUCAAACGAUCAGGAACAAUCCUCUUCAAAUGAUUUCCAAAACGCAACAACUGAUGUUUUCGGAGAAGAAGAGUUGUUGGAAGAACUUGACGAAGAUAUGAUACAGAAGAUUGAUAGAGAUGCUGGAUUGGUACAAGAGAACAGUGUUAUCGAUAAAUUUUUAAAGAGCAUUCAAGAUAGAAUAAAAGAGGACAAUAAGAAGGACCCACUUCGAUUUCCAAAGCGACCAAAACAAUACCAAAAUGGAACCUUUUGGGUACAAAGGAAGAGUCCUGUCUUUGCCCUAAAAGAUCAGUUAGAGUUAACACCAAAUGUCUUAUACCAGCCAAGAGUCUUUUUGUGGUUUCCUCACCACCUUGUUUCAAAUUUAAAAUGCCCAAAAUGUAGUACACCUACCACGUUUUUUGUUAAAGAAUGGAAUACAUGUCCUAGAGCAAGAAGAAUUACUGAUUUAGAUGACUCUUUCUACGUGAUGACUGUAAAAUACAAAUGCACCAACGACAAAACACCCGACUCUUUCAACGGAUAUGAUAAGGGUUUAGUGCAACAGUUACCUAGAAUUUAUGCCAAAGAAUUUCCAGCCAUUUUGACCGAAUCUUCUGGAAUAUCUACUAGGCUUGCAAAACUUAUGCGACCUUUAUUUCAAAGCGGUGUUGGACCACAGCGACUGAGUAAAGUAUUACGAGUUAUACAUACUGAACAUAUCGAUGAGCUUCAAUUCCAGUAUUACAAAAAAAUGGUUGAAAAAUUACAAAAUCCCACCAUGAUUGACUGCCUAAGAAAAAAGAGAGAUGGUGGCAGUGUGUCGUAUGAUGAAAUUUCUUCAUUUGGUGAUAAGCAAAAGUAUGCAGGAUAUAUUCCUUGCGCUAACUAUCUUAGUCAUGUUUAUUCGUCGCUUAUUGAAGAAUUUGUCCUAUUCAUGGACCAGUUGACUUCAAUGACUGAUGGAAUUAUAUUAAAGGGAGAUCACUCUUUUAAAAUAAUUAAGCACAUGGGCAAAACAAACGGUACAUCUGUGUUUUCUUCUCUUUACACUGUUAUGAACGAAUAUGAGGAAAUACGAAUGCAAGUGUUGGCUCACACAAAAUCUCUUAAGGAACUAUCCGGAAGUUUUGGGUCUAUGAUGGAAAGUUAUCGACGUUAUGAAUUUGAUAUGCCACUGGUGUUUUAUACUGACAACGUAGCUGCAGACAAAAACACACUCGAGGCUUAUAUUCCUUCUCUUUCAGACAAUGUACGAGCAAUUGUGAUUGACAAAUCUACAGGCGAUGCAAAUGUAUCAAGCCAAGAUCAGUUUCCUCCAGCAGUAUUGCCUGAAAGUAUCGCAAUCGAAAUAAGAGAUACAGCGCAGGGGAUAGAUGAAUCGUGUCAGAAAAUUUUAGAUACUAUUGAUGUUGACGAUAACAGCAGCGAGAUUUUUGUCGGAUUUCACUCUCAAAUUUAUCAUGAGGAAUCAAAUACUAUCUUCCUUUUCCGAAUCUUCAGCUUUGAUCGCGAUACAUUUCCUGGAAAACUCAAAGAAAUCAUAGCUUCCAAAAGAAUAAGAAAAAUUGGAAAAAAUGUUGGUGGAGAUUUGACAAGAUUGAAACGAUAUGUUUCUGAGACCAAUGGCGAGCUAGAGCUUGGUACUUACUGCUUCAGUCGUAAUGCUAUUAGCAGCAGUAGAAAAUUACUGAGUGACAUAUGUAAUGUUAUUCUUAAAAUUCAUCUUCCAAAAAGCAAUGAUGUUAGAUUAAGUAAUUGGGAAGCUCUGGAGUUAAGUGAUCAGCAAAAACGAUACGCAUUUUGGGAUGCAUAUGUAGCGAUUGCCGUUUACAAUUCUGUAAAAGGAAUGCAACUGGUGAAUAAAUAUGUUACAAAAAAUACUCCAGUUGGUACGUUUGUUGUUGUAUUCCCACGAAGUGCAUCGAAAGCGGUGACAGCGGCAGCUUUUGGCUACAUUGCUGACUCUAAUGAUCCUGAAAGUCAUGAUUUUUCUUUACAGAAUUCUAUUUUUACUCCCCUGGAAAAAACUGAUAUGGCUCUCAUCAAGUUCGUGAAAGUUAAACGUCCUGGAUUAAUUUUGGAUAAAUACAAAGCAGCGAAUAGUGGAUGUGAAGACAGAAGUGUUACUUUGGAGAUGUUCGGAGACGUGCCCUUUCUUGCAUAUGUGGAAUACAAAUGCCUGCGUACCGCCUCUGAAUCUAUAAAUCUCAAGGAUAUACAUUCGGAGACUCUUACCGAGUCAACCGUUCCUGCAAAUAUAUCUUUCUCGUCUAGUAACGCGCCUGUUCGACUGGAUGAACAUAAAAGUACUUCCGAAAAAGCAACGGUUCCUAGUAGAGUAUUAAAGGAUGCUUUUCAUUUGAUCGAACAGAUACCUAUAUCUCUAAGACAUGGUAUGGCAAAGGAUUUCAAACGCAGGUUUAGAGAUUGUCUUUUUGCUGUAAAUGAAGAAGACAAAAAGAAAGUAGAGGAAUAUGUGAUCAGCAUUGGCUCAGAUCGGGCAACUCAUUUAGUUAACAAUCCAGAUUUCAUAUGGGAGCGGGUUAGAAGAAGUAUACCGCCGCCAAAUGAGCUCGCAAGCCUUGUUCAAGAUUGCUUUGAUAAAUAUGCUAAUCUUGUAUGUAUAAAAACGGGACACCCUCUAUUUGAUAAAGAGUCUAUAUUAGCAUCAAAAAGAGUGAUGGAUCAGAUUGAGGCUGGAUAUGUGUCUGAUAUUGUUGAUGGCCCGCCUUUGUACACGGAGAAAGGUUUCGAUAAAAAUGGUUUAAUGAGGUAUGCUUGUAGUAGAGGUACUUCAUCUGUGGAAGGAUCCUGUCAUUUCAAUAUUAUCAGAAAAUUUUCGUCUUUUAAUGCUGGGCCAAGACUCACUAAUAUGGCUCUUUAUGAUUACCGUCUGUUUCACAACAUUAAUAUGGGCUCUAAAAACCGCUACGGUAUUAUUCACAAAAGUCAUUAUAGCCCUUGGCUAUUUCAGUCUAUUGAUGCUCUGCGUUCUAAAGUUGGCCAUCCAAUGCGAACUGAUUCCCAUUUUGGAAGUAGUAUGUUAGAAAGCGCUUACUUAUAUCGUCAUACAAAUGAAAAAUUUGGCAUAUCACCAAUUCCUUCUCAUAUCAAAAAUGACCACCUGAUGCUUCCCUAUGACCCUAAUACGCAUUUUCAGUCUGGCCUACCUGAAAAUAACCCAAAUAUCAACGCUAUACCUAUAGUAAAACUUCCCAACAUGUACUAUGGAUCCCAUCAGUUUAUUUAUCGAUAUCUGAGCAAAUGUCAAGGAACCAAAUAUGCAGUAACUGCGGUACAUACUCCCCAAGAAAAAUCAUUAUUUGAUCUUAUGUUGGAUGAUUUCAAUGAAAACUCAAAAUACGCAUACCUUAAAUCUGCCAAUGGCAUUGUGAACUUUGGAUUAAUGGCAGCCGCUUGGUCCAAGAUAUGCUCCUCUACCAACUUCAUAUACUACAAAACGCCUGAGCAUCUUUGCUCUUAUAAUAAUAUACUUGAAGAUAGACGAAAGUACCGUGAUACAGUAGCGCACAACAUAGUAGCAUCAAGAUCAAUUCGUUUAGCUACUCAAUCUAAACGAAGAUACAAUACAUCCACAGCCGCCAAAAAGUACAGAAGACUUGAACCUGCUGUUGACACACCUAACGGAACAAUCACUCCAAGUAGUGAUUGCUUAGAACAAACGACUUCCACACCUAUCAACAUUGCACCUAGGCCACCUAACGUGCCUCCAGUUUUAAAUAGCGAUGUUUUUUUGUAUUUUUUAAUUGCCUAA